GAGUUUCAACGCAGCAUUUGAUCAGUACGCACUAGCAAAUUGUUUGGAAAAGUGUUUUAUUUUGAAACUGGAGUCUCUAAGUCCAGUCAGAUGUGUUUCCUUUCUCUGGCCACCAGAGGUGAACAUACCAGCACACAUCAGCAGGAGAGUUUCAACUUCCUCGUCUGAUUUAGCAACAACUAUAGAAAGGAAGCAAAUAGAAGAAUUACACGAGAAGGUUUGAACAUAACAGGACAAAAAGUGAGCUGAACUGUGGACUGAAAGAAAGACUGCUGCAGAGCUGUAGAGGACUGUAAAGUUACUGUUGUUUUCUGCUGACCUUAAGAUAUAUUCUUGCAUGUGGGAUUGAGCUCUUUUUGUGAAAACUGUUCUGUAAGCUGCAGAAAAACUCACACAGCAGCAGAAAAAAAGAAGAUAAAAGAAGCAAAACAUCUCCCUAAAGAUUAAACUUCUCUUGUGCCAAAUGUAUGUAACUAUAAUAAUGUCUAAACCCGAAGGAGGAAACACAACCUCAUAAACAGAGCUGCAGCAAGAGGCGGAGAGACACUGGACAGAGGAGAGCGUCAACGUCACACUCCAGAAAUGAAACUUAAAGUUUGUCAGAGGGACAGCAGAGCUGCAGUCGAGACAAGUCUCUGUGUUUCUAUGUAAAGAAAUAUUAAACUGAGUUCUUCAGGUCUUUCUCAACAACUGACUCAAAUACUGUGUGUAGAUAUGUCUGCUGCCAGAAAUCUGCGAUCUGAAGAUCAGUUUCUGUGCUCCAUCUGUCUGGAUGUGUUCACUGAUCCUGUCAGCACACCAUGUGGACACAACUUCUGCAAAAACUGCAUCAGUCUAAACUGGAAUAUUAAUGUCCCGUGCAAGUGUCCCAUGUGUAAAGAAGCUUUUACCCCAAGGCCUUAUUUGAGGGUCAACACUUUCAUCUCUGAGAUGGUUGCUCAAUUCAAGUCAGCUCAACAGGAAGCCAGAAGCAGGAGGUCAGAGCAACGACGUGCCAAACCAGGAGAAGUUCCCUGUGAUGUCUGCACUGGAACCAAACUGAAGGCUCUGAAGUCCUGCCUGGUGUGUCUGGCCUCCUACUGUGAGACUCACCUGGAGCCUCAUCUGACAGCUUCACGUCUGAAAAGACAUCAGCUGAUCGACCCUGUGGAGAACCUGGAAGGCAGGAUGUGUACGAAGCACGAUAAACCUCUGGAGCUGUUCUCUAACACCGACCAGACAUGUGUCUGCGUGCUCUGCACUGUUUUAGACCACAAGACACAUGAUGUUGUUCCUCUGAAGGAAGAAUGUGAAGGAAAGAAGGCCGAGCUGGGGAAGACAGAGGCUGAACUUCAGCAGAUGAUCCAGAAGAGACGACUGAAGAUUCAGGAGAUCAAACACUCGGUUGACCUUUGUAAGGAAAAUGCAGACAGAGAGAUCGCAGAAGGUGUUCAGGUCUUCACAACUCUGAUGGCGUCUGUUCAGAGAAGACUGAAUGAGCUCAUCAAUGCAAUCAAAAUUAGGCAAAAAACAACAGAGAAACAGGCUGAAGGCUUCAUUAAAGAGCUGGAACAGGAAGUCUCUGAGCUGAUGAAGAGAAGGACUGAGGUGGAGCAGCUCUCAUGCUCUGAAGACCACCUCCACGUCCUCCAAAGCUUCCCAUCCCUGAAGGAUGCCCCACCCACCAAGGACUGGACAGAGGUCAGCGUCCCUCCACCAUCAUAUCAGGGGACUGUGGUGAGAGCUGUGGCUCAGCUGGAGGAGACACUCAGUAAAGAGAUGAGGAAGCUGCUUGAAGCAGAGCUGAAGAGGGUCCAGCAGUAUGCAGUGGAUGUGACUCUUGAUCCUGAUACAGCACAUCCCGAACUCAUCCUGUCUGAUGAUGGGAAACAGGUGAAUCAUGGUCAUGUUAGGAAGACUCUUCCAAACAAUCUAGAGAGAUUUUCUCAUUACAAUUUUGUUUUAGGAAAGCAGAGUUUCUCUUCAGGCAGAUUUUACUUUGAGGUUCAGGUUAAAGGGAAGCCUAAAUGGAAUUUAGGAGUGUGCAGAGAGUCGAUCGACAGGAAGGGAUACAUCACACUGAGGCCACAGAAUGGUAACUGGACUAUAUCGUUGAGAAAUGGAAAUGAGUACAAAGCUCUUGAUGACCCUCCAGUCCGUCUCUCUCUGAAGUCUCAGCCUCAGAAGGUGGGGGUGUUUGUGGAUUAUGAGGAGGGUCUGGUCUCCUUUUAUGACGUAGAUGCUGCAGCUCUUAUCUACUGCUUUACCGGCUUCUCCUUCACUGAGAAACUCCUCCCAUUCUUCAGUCCCUGUAGAAAUGAUGGUGGUAAAAACUCUGCACCUCUGAUCAUCUUUCCUGUCAAUCAAACUGCCUGAUCUUUUUUUAUCACUAGCAAUUUAUUGAACAAUGAAGCAUUGCCAACAAUACGUAUACUCAUUGAAUUAAUUUUAUGGCCACUGUGUAAAUAUAUACCAGACAAAGUUGAUACUACAGAUCUGGCACAGCAGUCAGUACUAGGAUGCCAAUGGAUUAGAGACAUACAAACAAACCCAACCAUGAGAGACUGAUAUUUUUUUUAAAUAAUUAGAUUUAUUGUCAUUUAUGGGAACAAAUGUACAUAUAUGUUCAGUGGUAAUGUACAGUGUAAACUUAUUUUCAUCUGAAUACGAUUGGUCAUUCCUUUAUCAUUUAUUUUAUCAAUGUUUUAUUUUAUAAAUGUUGUUUUUUUGCCUUUUACUUGUCUUUUUACUCUUUCAAAACCAAGAACUUUAAAAUCCAGCGUUCAUCCCAAAAACUUCGAAGAUACCAACUAUGUCCAACUGAAUUGGAUGCAGUAUCACACCUCCCAACAGGUUGUGGGACUUCUCAAAUGGCAACAUACUGACUGAGUGGGAUACUUACUGGAACACUUACUAGGGCUUAGAGUUCCUGAUCACUACCAACUUCAAGGCCACGUCUGUACAAUACUUGUUUGUAUUGUUGUAUAAAUACUGUGUAAAACUGCCAUUUUGGGGCUCUCUCGUUAGGAGGGGGACUCAUGCUUGCAAGCAUUAAAGAUCUAUAGAGAAGCAAAGACA